CGACCAGCAACGACCAUGUCCUCUCCGCCGCCUCCCUACUCAUCAUCAGAGAAAGAAGCAGACCCUUAUUAUCUGCACACCUCACAAAAAUCUCAGACCUCAAAACUCGUCUCCAGAAUCGAGAAGAGCUCGACUAUCCCGAUAGACCAUGUCCCGCCUCAACUCGAGCGCGCGACGAUGAGGCUCGAGUUCCCGCCUUCGUAUGUCGUCGUUGGUGCGUAUAGGCUGAUCAGCGAUGGGAGUUUGAGGGGUCCGAUUUGGAAUAAGUGUAAGCAUGGGGUUGUAAGAGGGGGCGCAGUUGGGUUGGGCUGGGCGCUGUUUACGUUCAAAAUACAGAGGAAGUUUGUAAAGUUGUUCAUGUCGAACUCUUCGAGGUUCGCUGGUCUCUCGGACGACACCCUCUUCGGAUACAAACUCCCCUUCGACGUCACCACAUACUCGACCCUCGUCCUCCUCUCCACGCAACUCACCUUCAUCCUCACCUUCUUCCUCUCCCGCAACCUCCGCAUCGCCCGCGAACGCGCCUGGAACCAGACCGUCGCCUCGCGUGGCAAAGGCGCUGAGUUCUGGAAACCUUACGUCGAGGAAUGGGAGGUCCCGCCGAAGGUGAAUGUAGGGAAGUGGGCCGGGUUGGAGGGCGCGAAGGGGUGGGUUUUAGGGUAUGCUGUUAAGCAAGUGAUUCUUUUCCCUUUGCAUGCUGUCCCUCUCGUGGGGAUAUUUAUCCGCGCAGGCUUCAAAGCCCUCGACACCGCACGGUAUCUUCACAGGCCGUACUUCGCAGCGAAGAACAUGACGCGAGAGCAAAUCGCCGUCUUCGUGGCGGAACAUCAAUAUGAUUAUUACGCCUUCGGAUUCGCAGCGGCGGUGAUGGAGGCCAUCCCCUUCAUCGGACUGAUCUUUUCCGUUUCGAAUAGAAUCGGAGCGGCAAUGUGGGCUCAUGAUCUGGAGAAGAAGCAGCAUUGGGUCGCUGAGGAGAGAGCGAAGAAGGGUCAAUGAUCUGAGGCGCUGUAUUUUUUCAUGGAAUAUUUUGUACUUCUUUUCACGAUGUGAUACGUGUAGCUCCCGAGCGGGGGGCCUUUGAAGACGUGAAUUGAGAUCUCAACUGGUGGAUAACC